UUAAAAUAGUUUGUCACGUGACCUCACGUUAACGGAGUUACACUUUUUCCAAGAAAAGUGGAAGUUCUGUAAUAGAUAAAAAGUUAAUUAAAAAAUUAAUGAUGAAAUUAAUAGUGUAUGAAAACUAUAAUGGAAUUUCUAAAAAAUAUAUGGAAAAAAAACGAUGAAAAAGAUGAAGAAACUUUAAAAUCUACUCUUAAUGUUAGAAGUGGUCCAUUAGGAUACACAAUACUUCAUGAUGCAGUUUUUUCUAAAAAACCUGAUAAUGUUAAGCGAAUACUUGAAUAUGGGGCAGAUGUAAAUUCGAUGUCGGAUGGUCGUUAUACACCACUGCAUAUAGCAGCAUCUAUAGAUGCAUGCAACUGCAUUGAAGUGCUACUUAAAUAUAAUGCUAACACAAAAUUAUGUGAUGAAAACAAUAAAACACCAUAUGAAACAGCAGUUAAAAACAAUUGCGUUAAUUCAGCUCGACUUCUACUAAGUCAUGAUAUUCUAACAUGUUUAAAGGAAAAGCGCAAUGAUGAAUUUAAAAAGUAUGUGAAAACAGUUGGUUCCGAGAGACUCAAUCCUGGUUUUUAUGAUGAAUGUCUUAAAUUAGCAGUUGACGACAACAACUUUACUGUAAUAGGAUUAAUAAUGCUUCGCAAACCUCUUAAUGCAAAAGAAUGUUUGAUUGGUGCACUGAAGAAGCCAGAAAGUUCUAAAAGUACCUUUAUUCUGCUAUUAUGUUAUGCUGUUGAAAAACACUUAAAUGAUUUUAUUAAAGCAUUUUUUGAAAACACAGAUUCAGACAAAAAUCUAUUGCGACAUUUAAGCGACCUUCAAAUUUCUGCUGAGACAUGGCAUCAUUUAAAAUCAUUUAUAAGCAAGGACCAAGAAUUGGCUUACCCAGUAUGCAUUGGAUGUAAUUCUAUGGUGAAAAAUUAUAAAGGUGUUAAAUAUAUAUUAUGGAACAUUUUUUGUGAUAAGGAAAAUCUUAAAGCUGAUUGGGGAGGGCUUUUGCUACGUUUUCUUCAUGAAGAUUGGUUUAAAAGUUUAACAAACUAUAAAGAUGUUAUUCUUUCUCAUAAUGAAAUUAAAAGUAUAUCCUCAACUGCUAUUAUGAGUUAUCUUAAUGCUGUUGAAAAGUUAAAUCUUAGUUCAAAUAAAUUACAAGAGGUUCCCUUAGAAUUAUUUAGACUUCCCAAGCUUUACAGUCUAAAUCUUUCAUCAAAUCAAUUGAGAUACCUCCCUGAUAUUAAAGAAUGGUCACCAUUUCUUACAACAUUAGCUCUUGAUAAAAAUUUAUUAGAAGGUUUUCCAUCGCAUGUUGAAGAACUUAAAUUAAAACACUUAUAUUUAGCAAAUAAUAAAUUAAAAAAGGUUCCUGAAAGUAUAUGUAACCUGAAAUGUUUAGAAACUCUUGACAUUAGUCAAAAUGUUGAUAUAAAUUCGUUACCAGCAAAUAUGGGAAAGUUAUCAAAACUUACUAAUCUCGGUUUGAAAGACUUAGAGAUUAAAGAUCUUCCACAUGAAUACCAAAGACCAAGAGAUAUUUUGAAUUAUUUAAUUGGAAAAUUAAGAAACUCAAAACCUUAUUAUAAAAUGAAACUAAUGAUUAUUGGGUUUCCACAACAAGGAAAGACAACUCUGCUUAAAAGACUUAAAGAUGACACUAAUUAUAACAUGGAUCAAGCAACACACGGUAUUGAUAUUGAAGAGAUCACAAUUCAAAAAUCGAAAAAGUUUAAUUUUCGAGUAUGGGAUUUUGCAGGACAAGAGGAAUACUUUGCAACCCAUCAGUGCUUUCUGUCUUCUUCCUCCCUAUAUUUAUUAGUUUGGGAUGUAACUAAAAAAAAUAAAUUCGCCCAACUACUUCAACCAUGGUUUGAGAAUUUAGUUGCUCGAGUAAAAUUUUUUUAUAUCAUUGUUGUUGGUACAAAAUUAGAUCUCCUUAAGAGAGAUGACAUAGAUAAUGCUUGCAGUCAAAUGAAAACUGAGAUUAAAACGCUUAUAGAAAAUAUUCCUGCUAUUAGAAAUUCAAAAUAUAGCAAUAAUUUUUUUUCUAGUAGAUUGAAAAUUUGCUUUGUUUCACUAAACACAAAGUUUCCUAGUUAUUCUAAAGACAUAGAUAAUCUUAAAAAAGAGAUCUAUCUUUUGGCAGAAACUAUGACAUCUGAUGGAGAAAAAAAUGGAGAGAAAAUAAUGGGUAAAUUGUUUCCACAAGUUUAUACAAUGUUGGAAGAAAAGGUUAAUGAAAUUAGAAAUUAUAAAGAUCAAAAUAAUGAUCUUCCAAUAAUUGGUCGAGAAGAAUUCAUUUCUCUUGCAAAGUCAUUAAAAUGUGAUAAUGAUAUCUUUCAAGAUGAUGACAUAAAACCAGCCACUAGGUUUCUGGUGAACACAGGAACUAUUCUUUAUUUUGAUGAUGUAAAUGAAGGAUUGAGAGAUAUCGUUUUUUUAAAUCCAUCUUGGAUUUGCAAAUUAAUGUCAAAAUUCAUCUCUGUGGAUGCUGUUCAUACAUUUGUUAAAAAUGGUAUCCUAGAGCAAGACAAAAUUCGAUUGAUUUUAAAAGAAGAAUUAGGUCAUCAAAAUCCUGAUUUGAUAAAGAUAUGUAUAAGUUUAUUAUCACGAUUCCAAGUUGCUUGCAAGAUUGAUGAUCAUAGAGUUCUUAUUCCACCAAAACUUCCAAAAUACAAUCCAAAUCAUCUGUCGAUUAAUCAAAGUAGUCUACUCAUUCGUUAUUAUUUCUUUAGCUGUAUACCUGAUGGUUUUUGGGCUCGAUUUAUUACUCGUUUUUUAUCAAUGACUAAAGAAAUGUUAUCACCAAAACCAAAUAUUGAAAUGAAGCCCAAAGUUUCUUUACAUGGGAGCAAUUUACGAAAAGAUGCGGUAGACACUAUUUAUAAUGAGGAUGAGAUACCUCUUAAGAUUAAUGAAGCAAGCUCUUCGAAUAUUCGUUAUGUUAUAACCUCUCUCAAAACUAACUCUGCUAUAAGUCAAAUUGAUUCAACUCAACAAGUAUCUAGCAUUAAAGAACCAUUAAUAAACAACUCUACUGUCUCUAAUAAUGUAGAUAAUUUAGUACAUUGCUAUCCAAUAAAGUGUGUGCCAAAUAACUCUGAAUCAUCAAAUGAAUCAAAAAACAUCAGUUCAAGUAGUUCCUCAAGCAGCAUUGUUUCAGCUGGGUUUUUUAUUAACUCUGAUAUAAAAGCUGUUGCUCCUUGUAAAUGUUCAAGCAAUUGUAACAAUUGUAUAAACGAAGAACUAAAUAGUGAUUGUAGUAAAAAAAUGCCAAAUAAUUCACACAAAUGUCUAACCUUUAUAUCAUCCACUGAUGUUACAGUUUUAAAAAAUAAAUUUAAUUCAGAAUUUCAUAUUAAUAGAGAAGAGUUCAAAAUAAAUAAACUAAGUAAUGAAAAUGAAAAGCAUCAAACAUACACAGAAAGAAUUGAUUUUGAACAAUGCUGUAAUAAAGACAAUAUUUCUAAUAAUCAUAUUAAUGGCAAUUUUAAUGAUGAUUUCAAUAAUUGCAUCACUAAUGGUGUUUAUAGUGAUUUUGUUAAUGGCAUUAGUAAUGAUUUAAAUAAUGAUAUCAACAAUUGCGUUGAUAAUAAUGGCAUUAAUAAUAGUGGCGUUAAUAAUGAGUUAAAUAACAGCAUCAAUAAUUUUGUUACUAAUGCCAUUAAUUAUAACAUUAAUAAUGUUGCUUUUAAAGAUUUUGAUAAUGGAAUAAAUAGUAAUGUUAAUAAUGAUUUGAAUAAUGGUAAUAAUGAUUGCAAUAAUAUUAAUGGUGUAAACUAUGGCAUUGAUUACAAUUCUAAUAAUUACAUUUAUAAUGUUGUUAACGAAAUAAUUAAUAAAGUUCUUGAUACUGUAGAUAGUUACUUUACUAAAGUUUGUAAAACUGAUGUUUUUGAACAACAUCCUAUCAAUGUCAUGAAUGUAUCCGAAGAGCUUCAAAGCUGCACAAUUCUUUAUCUUGAAACAAAUAAAAAUGAGGUAAUUGCAUGUAAUGGAGUUGUAAAAAUAGAAACAAAUUUAGUUGUUGCAGCCAAUGAAAAUCAAAAUGAAGUAGAAAACAUCAACUUUACAGAUUCUCAAUCAGAUAGUGUAAUAAGAGCUGAGCUUAAUUCUGAUCAAAACUGUAACAUCUCAAGUAGAUCUGAUCAGAACUGUAAAAUCUCAGAUAAUUGUGGGAGUAGUUUUGAACAAGUUUGUGAACAAAUUUGUGAUCCACUAACUAUUGGUCAUAUGCAAAUGGCAACUGAAAUGAAUAGUGUUGGUUAUUUUGAUGCUAGCAUGCAAAUAGUUUCAAAACAAGACUGUGAAGAUUAUAAUUGUACAAAUGAGGAAAAAAAAGAAGAAAGUGAUGAACUUGAAUCUCAGCUUAUAAAUGAACUGUCCAAUAAUGAUGAAGAUUAUGAAGAACAUUUUAAUGAUUAUGGAGAACUAGCUUAUCUGUUGGACAAUGGCUAUUUAAGUUGCUGGAAUAAAGGAAUUAUAUUUAAUCACCCACAAUUGUGUUUUUCUAUACAACAGCUACCUAACUCAUUUAAAGCAGAUAGAAAAACAAUUGAAAUAUGUGUAACUAAAUCCUCUAUCGGUUAUCGUGUUCUCAGCUAUGUUGUUGAUCAUAUUAGAACACUUUUAAAUGAAUGGUUUGAAGGUUUGUUAAUGUCACACAAUGAACCGCAUGUAAUUUCUUCUCUGGCAUGUCCUGUAUGCACAAGCUUGGGCAUAAAUCCACCUCAUUUGUUUAACAUAAGUACUGCUUUUCAACAAAUGCUCCAAGUCUCAAAAGACUGCAGUUGUUAUGCAUUUUGUGAACGAAAACAUGAACCAAGAAUAAUAAAUAUAACAGAGUUUUGUCCGGAUCUUACAUUUCAAGAUUUACCGAAAACAAUGAAAUUUAAUCCCAAUGAUAUUCAAUGUGAAAAAAAUGAAAAAUGCAAACUGGGACACGGACAGUUUGGAAAAGUUUAUAAUGGAUUAUGUAAAAACAAAAUUAGAGCUGCAAUAAAAUUUUACAACUUCAAGAUGAACAAUUCGGAUGAACUUUCAUCAUUAUUGAAUCAAUUUUACGAAAUUCGACAAGAAAUUGUAAUGCUCAGUAAUUUACGUCAUCAUCCUUAUAUUGUUCAAUUUUUAGGUUUCUUACUGAAGCCAGAACUGUGUGCUGUGAUGGAAUGUGCUAGUCAUGGUGCUUUAUCAUCUGUCAUUUAUGAUAAAUCCAAAACCAAAGUUAUUCCCAGAAUUGUUAAGUUUCGAAUUUGCCAGCAAAUUGCAAGUGCUUUAGUUUUUAUGCAUAAAAAAUGUAUUAUUCAUCGCGAUAUAAAAUCAGAUAAUAUUUUAUUAUUUUCGCUUAAUCACGAAGCAAAAAUUAAUAUCAAGUUAACUGAUUUUGGAACAGCGAACAUCAUGAGUCCAAGUGGUUUAAAAACAUUUUUUGGUACUAAAGGUUAUGCUGCUCCAGAAAUGAUUUCACACAAAUUAUUUUGGGAUGAAUACACAUCUAGUGUUGAUAUAUAUUCGUUUGGUAUGGUUAUUUAUGAGUUGGUUGCAUUUAAAAAACCCUUUUAUCAUGUUAAAGAAUUGGAAAUUGAUAAUGAAGUCACAAAUGGAUCUCGACCUUUAUUUUAUAACGUUCCUGAUGCAUGUUACGGGUUGGUUAAUUUAACCAAGUUGAUGAUAACCAUGUGGAAUCAAGAACCGUCCAAAAGACCAAAUGCUAAUGAUGUUCUUAAUACGUUGUCUUCAACUUUUCAAUUAAUUUUUGGUUAUAAAAGGUUAGCUUCUGGAGAAUACCCACGUGAACUGUGUUAUAUCACCAGUAGUAAAGAACUUUGGAUAACAAGUGAAGACAAAAAAGACCAAUCGAUUAUCGUAAUCAAUAUGGAAAGUUUUGAAGUUGUCAAAAAAAUUGAGUUAUAUGAAGACAUGAAAAGGAAGUUUAAUAUAUCAUUCAUUACUCCUAUUGGUGAUAAGCAUGUAUGUGUUUUGUUACGAAGUCGUAAUGAUGUCAUUUUAGUUUAUAAAACCAAGGGCUAUAGUUUUUUAAGAAACUACGAAAUAAAAAAUGGUUUUAUUCGUUCAAUCUCUGCUAAUAAGGAUUGGAUUUGUCUUGGGUUUGACGAUGGUCAUUGUUCCAAGGUUACUUUAAAUAAUUUUUUGAAUGGAAGGAUGUUAAAAAACUCUCAUCUAAUUGGAAAAAAAUCUAAUCCCAUUUCUUCGAAAAAAAAAUUUCCGGUAACAACUUCAGUUUUAUUAUCCGAAACAUUUAUUUGGUCAUCGGGUUAUUCAUUCAAAUAUUGCAAUUUAAAUGAAAGUGAAGAUAAGAAAAAAGUCAAGUGUUUUGAAGAUAUUGAAUGUAAAGUUAAAGAUAUUGUUUUCUCGUUUGAUGAAAAAUUAUUUUUCAUUUCUUUUCACUGUAGUCCUGAAAUUCAAGUGUACAAAAAAGAAACUAAAGGCAUUUUACAUACAUUUAGUUGUCGCGACGAUAUUUUGAGGUAUUCACCAAAUGCUCUUAAUAUUGAUCUCAGGGUAACAUGCUUGUGUUCAGUCAGUGAUAUGUUAUGGGUUGGUACCGGAAGUGGACAUAUACUUAUUUAUAAGGUGUAUGACGUUGAUAGAUUUUGUAAGCUGCUGCAAGCACUUCAUCCAUAUAAGAUCGAAGUGAGAAAACUUUUGCUUGUUGAACUAACUCAAACUCGUAAUGACGGCGUCAAACAUAUUGUAGUAAGUAUUGGAAAAGAAUUAAACAAAAAUGCAUUUGGAUUAAAAUCGUUUUUUGAAUUUAACGUUAAUAUUCCGAAAGAUCAAACAGCAAUAAAUAAGAAAAUUUACACACACUUAGAUGAUAAAGACGGUAAAGUAAUUAUUUUUUGGCAUGUUUUGCAGUCACACCAAUACAAAAACUUAGUUUUGUCCUAAUAUAAAACAAAUUUAGCCUUGCUCACCCAAAACUUAAAUAUUUACCUUGCAUUUGAUAAGUUUUUAGUUUUUAUAAUCAUUUUUUAAAAAAUAUAUAAACCCUAUUUUAUACAUUUUUAAUAUUUUAAAUUGUUUAUUACAUUAAGCCUUAAGCUGGGCGUCAACCAAAAUUAACGCCUAUCUUAAAUGUAUUAAUGAUCUUUUAUAACUUCAACUUGGAAAAAAAUUAUGGUGUUCAAACGAUUGUCUCUUGGUUAAUUAGUUAUAGUUUUACUUAUAUAUGAUUUUACUUUGAUGGAAUGAUUGGAACCUAUUGAAUGAAUUGAAGCCUAUUGUGGAAUGAUUGGAACAUUUAUAUAAAAGAAAAUUUUUAAUAUAUUAUUGUGAAGACAUUUUUACUGAAACAAAAUUUUUUUUUGAAAUAUAAUAACAUAAUAUAUAUUUUGCAAGUUUUUUGUUUUAGUAUUGUUUAUUAAAUUUAUACUUUGACAGUUAAAUUACACCAAGAUCAGUUUAAUUACACCUAAUUUUGUCUGCGCAAAAUUAUUUUUUCAACAAAUUGCGACAAAUUUCAAACAAAGAGUUUUAAUAUAGCUAAUAUAAAUUUUUUGUUGAACAAAUAUAUUUUAUUCUUUGAUAUGAACAUUGCUCAAUAUCUUUCAAUUGGAUGACAGUGCAGUAUAUUAAAGUUUCCUUCUCAAUAAACGAUAAAUAAUUUUGUUUUUACAAAUCUAAGUCAGUUUUAAGUAAUGCUUUGUUUCCAGAAGUGACUGAGGGAAUUAUUUUUGUGUAUUUCAAAAGCCUUAUCUAUAAACACUCUGUAAUAUGAUGAUGUAAAUAUUAUACGUCAAAGUUGA